GGAUGUGACCAUCAAAGGAUUAUGCUUUCUCCAUUGUACAUUUCUCCUCAAGUGUCUUUUCAUUCAGCAGAGAUAGUUAAAUCUUGUACGCCUGAUGAAACAAAUGGUAUUCCAACGAGGAUGGAGUUCAAGAGAAAAUUUAUGAAGCAAGUAAGUUCUGGAAAUUUGUUCGGUACAGGAUCAGUUGCUGAAUGUAGCCCACUGAGACCACACAGCCUUAGUGUGAACAUUUCUGGUGGGAAGAUAAUGGUUGAUGAGGAUGACAUGGAUGAUAAUAUAGAUCAUUCGGGAAUUCUUGCAUCCUCGAAAAGAGAUACACGCAUGACUGAUCCAGGUAAGUCAACUACCUUAAAUUCCCAGCAGCUACAGAAGAUUCCUUCUGCUAGGAUCAAUUCUUCGGUUCAGUUCCCAAAGUCAAACAAGACGCCCUCACAGCAAACCGAUAUUGCUUGCAUGAAAUCAAAAAAUUCUAAUAGAAUUCAUAUUGGAAAAAUUCCUAAGGAAACUUCAACAAUUGAAGAGCCCAAAGAAACUUCAACAAUCGGAGAACCCAAAGAAGCCAAAGAAAAGUUAUCCCAUACAACUGGUGAGAGAUCAAACAGUCCGAAAGAUUCUUUGGCUAGAGAUGAUACAAUCAGUUUGCAUUUAACUGAGAAAUCAACGAAUGGCGAUACAGUAUUGUGUCAUGGAAACGGUGAUCAGAGUGGAACUCAGCGCUUGAAUGAUAUUGCUGUUAUUAAUGAUGGUGAGGCUAUGAAGACCAGAAGGCAAUUAUGCUAUAAAGCUUUACCUGGAAAAGGUCAUAGAGCUACAGAUAUUUCUGGGAAUUGCCACAAAGAGGACAGUGCAAAGAAAAAUGGGUUAUUGGAAUUUAGAGAUUUAGAAAGAAAAGAUGAUGCAUCUGAGCCCUUAAUUGUGGGCACAGUGUCCGGUUUGGUGAUAUCCCCAGAUGAUAUUGUUGGAGUGAUUGGUUCAAAGCAUUUUUGGAAAGCCCGAAGAGCUAUUAUCAAUCAGCAAAAGGAUUUUGCAAUACAAGUAUUUGAGCUUCAUAGGGUAAUAAAGGUUCAGAAGUUGAUAUCUGCAUCGCCACAUUUGCUUCUUGAAGGCAAUCCUUAUUUAAGCAAAUGUUCAGUAAAACCACCCAAUAAGACCCUGCCUCGAUGUAAUACAAAUCCUCGGCCUGAGGAAUUUAGACCAAAAGAUGGUCUUCAGAACCCAAAAAAGAACAAGGAGCAGCCAGCUGAUAACAUUGCUGGAGUUUCAGCUCUCCCUGCAUGUGAGGAUGGGUCUAAAGGAGGUCCACAUGGUCAAGUUCCAAAAGCAGGGUCCAACUCUGGUAUUCCAUUACCAGUGCCAAUGGCUCCAGAUGACAAGUCAAGACUGUUGUGUUUUCCUCCCCUGGGAAACCAAUGGUUAGUUCCUGUAAUGUUGCCUUCGGAAGGUCUUGUUUACAAGCCCUAUACGGGACCUUGCCCACCAACUGGUGGCUUCAUGGCCCCUCUUUAUGGAAGAGGCACACCUCUUGGUGCAUCUCAAGUGGCAGGAGACUUCAUCAACCCAGCUUUUGGUGUUUCAGCAUCUCAUCAGCCACCAAACCUGGGUAUUUUACCAGGUCCUUCGGCAAUUGCACCCCUGUAUUAUCCCACACCUUAUGGCCAUCAAGCUUGGAACCCAAUCAUUUCUACCUCUGCAGUCGAACAGGUCAGCAAUUUAGCUGGUUCACAGCCCAAUGGACAAACUGGUCAGCAUUCCAGGCGUUCAUGUAACAUGUCCCCCAUUCCUAGGAAGGAAGCAUUUCCUGGCCAUGUUGGGAAGUUUCAGGUGUCAAAGAACAGUGAGUUUCAAGGAAGCACAGUGAACAGCCCCUCUGAGAAGGCACAACUAGAAGAAAGAGAUCAAUUUCUUCUAUUUCCUACAGCUCCUGGAGCGAGCAGUCUUAAUUGCUCAUUACAAUCCAAUGGUACAGAUAGCCAGACUCGUGUGAUUAAGGUUGUGCCUCAUAAUUCUAGGUCUGCUACGGAGUCAGCUGCAAGGAUUUUCCGGUCAAUACAAGAAGGGAGGCAACAACAUGACUCAUGACUUGUGUCCUUUCAAAAGUGAGUUUCAACUUAUUCACGGAUGGGGAUGGGAGCUCACUUUGGAGUUUUUUCUCAAUAAUAGAGAGUGAACUUUGGUGCUAAGGUUUCAUAUAAAUCUCUGUUACACUCCACAAGUUGAGGAGUAUGGAACUUACCAUUUGAUGCUGCCUUGUGCUAUCAGGAAUACUUACCAGUCAGUGGUCAGCUGAAAGCACUGAUUCAAGAGGCAACCUUCAAGCUGUGUGAGUUUACAGUAGAACUCAAAACUCCUAAUGGACUAUGCAUUGGCAUCAGGUGCCUUUUUAACUCCUAGACCUCAUCCUACCAUCAGCAGCUGAGAUCUGCCAGCCUCGCUAAGCCUUUGCUGCCAACCAAGAAAGCAUUCUGACUAUGCAAAACACUAUGGUUCUCCAGGAGAGAGGUGUUUACACCUGUUCACUUCCAGAGAAUGGAAUUAACCAAGACCAGAGAGCUGUUUCUUCUACAAAUUGACCAUCUUAAAUUAAUCGAAGAAGAUGCUACUCCCAGAGAGUUGUUUAGGCUAAAACCAGAUGUUUCUUAAUCCAAAAGAAGAAAAGAAGAUGCUUAGUGCUAUUAUCUACUAUGAAGUGGAGACUCGUCCUGUUUAAGCUUCUAUAUAAGUGCAACUUAAUAAUUUCAGUUCUCCAAAUGUCAGCAACCAUUUUUGUGGGAA